AACUUCAAAAAUUAGGUGUAUGUGUAUGUGUAUUAGUGUGUAUAUAUAUACCAUAGAUCAGAAGGAAUAUAUAUAUAUAUAUACACACACACACACACAAUACUCUAGGCUUUAGCUGAGGUUGAACUUGUAACAUUUAGUCCAAAUUGUUAGCAACAUUUGACUAUACUGAUGUUGAUCCAUGCAGCCAUUUUGGACUGCUAAGACUGGCUGGUAACACCUCUCUUAUUAGCUUUCUACUACCCAUAACAUAAAAAUCCUUUCUGCUUAUUCAAGUCCUCUCCUUUAAAAUCCACUGAAAAAAAAAAAACAAGAACAGAAGACAACUAUGGCAGUGGGAAUGUCCAUAACAAAUGAACCUGGGAACUAUAAUGGCAGGAUGACACCAUUCGUCGUGCUGUCUUGUAUGAUGGCUGCCAUGGGAGGUCUUAUCUUUGGCUAUGAUAUUGGGAUUUCAGGAGGUGUGACCUCAAUGGAACCAUUUCUGAAAAGGUUCUUCCAUGAUGUGUAUACUAAGAUGAAGGAAGACAGUGCAGAAGUUAGCAACUACUGCAAAUUUGACAGUCAGCUGUUAACAUUGUUCACAUCUUCAUUGUAUGUGUCUGGUCUGUUUGCUUCCUUGUUGGCUUCAUCUGUGACCCGAGCCUGUGGGCGAACGCCCUCGAUUCUUAUAGGAGGAGUGGCCUUCCUAGCCGGAGCAGCCCUUGGCGGGGCAGCCAUUAAUGUUUACAUGCUGAUUUUGGCCAGGGUUUUGCUUGGCAUUGGGAUUGGCUUUGCCAAUCAGGCAGUGCCAUUGUAUCUGUCAGAAAUGGCGCCCGCAAAGUACAGAGGAGGAAUCAACAUUAGCUUUCAAAUGUGUGUAGGCAGUGGGGUGCUAAUUGCAAACCUGAUAAACUAUGGGACUGAGAAGAUCAGAGAGGGAUGGGGGUGGAGAAUCUCUCUGGGAUUGGCUGCUGUUCCAGCAGCAAUGCUAACGCUGGGCGGGAUUUUUCUGCCCGAAACAGCCAACAGUCUGAUUCAGCGUUGCAAUGAUCAUGACAGAGCGAAGAGGAGGCUGCAGAGAGUUCGCGGGACUGAUGAUGUGCAGGCCGAGCUGGACGAUCUCGUUGCUGCUAGCGAGGCUUCAAGAACCAUCAAACGCCCUUUCAAGAACAUCUUGCAGAGAAGGUACAGGCCUCAAUUGGUGAUGUCGAUCGCCAUCCCAUUCUUCCAGCAGGUCACGGGAAUCAACGUGAUAGCUUCGUAUGCCCCAGUCCUUUUCAGGACAAUUGGAUUAGGCGAAAGUGCGUCACUCAUGUCAGCUGUUGUAACCGGGGCAGUAGGCCUAUUCACAACUUUCGUUUCAAUGCUGAUCGUCGAUAAACUAGGUAGACGACGGGUGUUAAUCAUAGGAGGAAUACUAAUGUUUCUCACCCAAAUGACAGUAGGGGGAGUGAUGGCUGCUAAGUUAGGGAACCAUGGAGGACUAACCAAAGGUUGGGCAAUUUCAGUUUUGUUACUAAUUUGCAUUUAUGAUGCCGGUUUUGGGUUUUCGUGGGGGCCUUUGGGGUGGCUGAUUCCAAGUGAAAUCUUUCCACUGGAAAUCAGAUCAGCAGGGCAAAGCAUCACAGUAGCAGUGAACUUUUUCUUCACCUUUUUGGUUGGCCAAACCUUUUUGGCAAUGCUUUGCCACUUCAAGUAUGGGAUUUUCUUCUUCUAUGGAGGGUGGGUUGCUGUUAUGACAACCUUCGCGUACUUCUUGUUGCCGGAGACCAAAAAUAUGCCAAUUGAGAAAAUGGAUAUAGUUUGGAGAGAUCACUGGUUUUGGAAGAAAUUUGCAGAAGUUAAGUACUAUGAUGAGGAAUAUAAUAUAUGAGAAUCUAUUAUUCCAAUCCAUUUGAUUAAGACAUUGUUUUCAUAUGGUACUGUUAUUGUCUCUUUGUUUCUGUUUGAUGUCAAUGCCAAA